AUGGUCAUACCCCCUGAGAUGUCUUCAAAGACUCUCCUCCCAGAUUUCGCAGUGGCGGUCAGCCAAAUGGCUGUUCAAGCUGCAGCCACAGCCUACCCGACCGACUACAUCGUCGAGCACAUCCUCAAGCUCAGUAACUACCUCAUCAACCUUGCGGGAACCUGCAACCUCUUUGGCAAGCCCGAACUCGACAUCUACAGCCCCAGUCUCAGCACUCUGUUCGACCGUCUGCAGAAGAAGCAGGUCGGCCCAAGCCUGUUGCCUCACGGCUUUCUCACUGCCGAGCGCAUUCACGGACGCAUCUACGGGCGUGCGGACGAAGAGGCCACCGACCGCCCUCUCGCCGACUACGAGGACAUAUACUAUGCGCUCGUCGCACGCAUGCAGGAGAUGCAUCAGUUGUUGAACCUCCGCAUCGACAGUGGCUUCAACGUUGCGUCUGAGGACAUCUCUGAAGGCGGCCCCAGCAUCGCCGAGCUUCACAACAGUCUGUCUGAGUACUGGAACGUCCUAAACAACCCAUCAUGCGGCAAAGCGCUCGACGAUGCGAUCCGCGAAGCAAGGCUCGAGUCGCUCCGGCACGAAUUAGUUCACCAAGUCAGGGAAAAGAACAUGAAAGCAGAGGAGGCGCAUGAGCAGUUGUCGCAGCUCUACAGCUCUGAUGUCUACAACGGAAUCCUCGGGCUGAACUUUGUCCAGGACUGGGCGCCGCCCAUGAUCGGUGCUUACUUGGAGUCGAAGUACCGCCGCAUGCUCGACUUGGAGAAAGAAGAAGCUGUCGUCAAGGCCAGGCUGUCGCGCCGCCAAGCCAAGAUGAAGACGCUGCGCGAGGCCCUCGCCGCCAAGUCCGCUGAAGAGAAGCUCAUUGCCCGACGUCAUGCCCGCAACAACGCACGCAGGGCUGCUCCCAUAUGCGACGUCGACUACGAAGUCAGCCGCCCCACCAAAGCCACACCCGUCGGAUCCGAAGACGCCACCAAGCCCACCGGCGCCGAGCCCAACACCAACAACAUGUACCACUUCACAGGCAAAGCAUCGAUGCAGCACUCCCCCGAACACCAAGCCCAGAUCCACCCCGGUCACCACUACGAAGAGCACACGGCCGCCUACUACAACCAACCCAUUGAGGAUAUCAUUGCUCACCAGGAGAUGCUCAAGGCAGCUGCUCAGUGGCAGAUCAAGGAACAGCGCGUGUCAGAGUACAGCGAGUACCUCCGCGCUCGCGCUAGCCAGGGUUCUCAGCACAGGGUUGAGGCUAGUCAGAGCUCCGUGUCGUCGGGCAGUUCUUUCGGUCCUCCUCCUCCUGGUUAUGUUCGCGGCCCUUUUCAUCACCCGGAUAUGGAUUACAGUCAGUAUGAGAAGUUUUGA